CUACGAUUCGAACUCAAAUCCAAAACCAAAACUCUUUCUCUCUCUUCUCUCUCUCGUUUUUCUUGCUUUUUCCCCAAUUUUCAUAUAUAUAAUUUCUUUCCUUUUUUCAGAUUCUUGAAGGCAAUUUAAUCUUCUGGAAUUGGGAUACAGGAACCAACUGGUUCGAUUGUGCGACGGAAGAUCGACGUAACCGAGAGCCGGCGAAGAUGGAGUCUCCAAACGAAACAGGCUGCCAGGCACCAGAAUGCCCCAUCCUUUGCAUUAACAACUGUGGCUUCUUUGGAAGGGCAGCCACGAUGAACAUGUGCUCUAAAUGCUACAAGGACAUGCUACUUAAGCAGGAACAGGCCACACUUGCAGCCUCAUCCUUUGAUAGUAUUGUGAAUGGCAGCUCUAGCAGCAACGGGAAGGAGCCUGUUGUAGCUGGUGUUGUUGAUGUACAGGUGGGACAAGUGGAGACAAAGAUUCUUACAACAGAACCAGCAAGUGAUUCUUCCUCGAGCAAGCUUUUGGAAAAUGUGAAACAAGGGCCAAGCCGAUGCCACACCUGUCGAAAACGCGUCGGUUUAACAGGAUUCAAUUGCAAGUGUGGGAACCUCUUUUGCUCAAGUCAUCGCUACUCUGACAAACACGAAUGUCCGUUUGACUACCGAACUUCGGGUCGCGACGCCAUUGCUAAAGCCAAUCCUGUAGUCAAGGCAGAGAAGCUUGAUAAGAUCUAGGUCAUGGACUAAGUAAAAAUUUUAUGUGUCAAAUUAUGAUGCUUUCUUAUUUUUCUCUUUGUCCAUGUGGUUUGAUAUAGGAAUGACUGGCUGGUCUUGUUAGGUGUCCUUUAUAUUGAUUAAAAAUGCUUAUGCCAUUAUAAUGAGGACAUCUUUAUGGGAAUUAUGUAUUCCUCGUUUAGCAUUGACGAUUUCUUUGCUGGCUCCUGUGUGUAAGUUCUUAUUUGUGCUGGUUUGAAGGACCAUUACCUAGUAAUGUUAUGUCGCUGCUUGGUAUUC